AUGACCGCAAGCCUAUGUUGCAGCCAAUUUGGAUUUUGUGAUAUCGGCAAUGCCUACUAUGGCCUAGGCUACAAAAAAGGUCCUUGUACUUCUGGAUCACCAACUACACCAAGUACUAAUGGAGGUUCAGUAGCUAAUAUCGUGACUCAAGAUUUCUUUAAUGGGAUAAUUAAUCAGGCUGCUACAAGCUGUGUAGGGAAGAACUUCUACAUAAGAGCAGCUUUUCUUGAUGCUCUCAAUUUGUUCAAUCAAUUUGGAAAUCUUGGUUCCGUAGAUGACUCCAAGCGUGAAAUCGCAGCUUUCUUUGCUCAUGCUAAUCAUGAGACUGAUGUAUGA